AAGGCAUGAGUGUGUGCUAUCAAGGCUGCAACAGACAAAAUCUGCUUAUGCAUCCAAUUACUCUUGUUCACUCAGUUUAGGAUGUCAGUAUUAUACCUUACUGGGAACGUCACAAGUGUUUUUGGAACGAACAUGUCAUUUGUAGUUGAUGAAUUGGGAGUAUUUGCCUCACAAAACAUGAUGAUUCUGAUAACUGUACUCAUUAUCUUUUUAAUUCUCCUGACCAUCCUGGGUAACAGUCUUGUUAUUGUAGCUUUUAUUGAAGACAAACGACUUCGAAACAGGAGCAAUUUUUUUAUUCUCAAUUUAGCCAUCUGUGAUUUUGUCAUUGGGGCCAUCUGCAUUCCACUUUAUGUACCAUAUGUCUUCACUGGCAAGUGGAUACUUGGGAAAUUCGUAUGUAAACUCUGGCUCAUUAUUGACAACCUCAUGUGUACAGCUUCAGCAUUUAAUGUCGUUCUUAUUAGUUAUGAUCGGUUUCUGGCUGUGACAAUGGCUGUCAUGUAUCGCUCUCAGCAGUACCGUCAUUGUAAGACAGCGCUAACAAUGGCUAUGGUUUGGAUACUGUCCUCUCUUCUAUACAGUCCAGCUAUUCUGUUCUGGGAAUACUUUCACAGUGACAGCAACUUUUCUGAAGACCUCUGCUUGCCUGCCUACUAUUAUAACUGGCACUUUCUUUUGGCAGCUUCUUCUUUUGAUUUUAUACUUCCUUUGUUAGGAAUUUCAUUCUUCAACCUGGGCCUUUAUUGGAACAUCAGGACAAGGAGUAGAUCAAAACUUUGGACUGCCAUAUAUCAAGGUUUUUCUAAUGGAGAAGAUAUGCACCAAAUACCAUACAUAAUACCAGAAAAUCGUAUCCCUAAUGGGGCAAGUAACAUGCAAGAUACAGAAAUAAAUGUGGUUAGGGCAUCUUCACCUCAAAUGCGAAAAAAACACUUUUCCAAAAAGACUAAGGCCAGGUUAGAAAAUUUCCAAAGACAAACAAGCCAAAUGCGAAUUGUGAAGUUAUCUCAGGAUAAAAAGAUUGCCAAAUCUCUCUUUGUUUUAGUCUGUGUUUUUUGUAUUUGCUGGGCUCCUUAUUCCCUCCUUAUGACAACUCGUGCUGCCUGCCGUGAUUAUUGUAUUGCCUCUUAUUGGUAUGACAUUACGUUUUGGUUAUUGUGGAUUAAUUCCUCGGUAAACCCUAUCCUCUAUCCAUUAUGCCAUGAAAGUUUUAGGAGAGCAUUUACCAAAUUAUUUUACAAGUAUGUAAGGAAUGCCUAA